AUGGCCUCUACAAACUUCAUAUGCACGAUCCUUCCCAUCUUCCUCUGCAUGUCCAUAAUCUUCUGCCUCGUCGUCUUCACGUUUCGCGCCACCGCGCAUCAUGUCACGUUGCAGCGCGAACCGACCAACAACAACAACAACAACACCUCGCCAUGCCCAGAGAUGGUGCUAGAUGGGGCUUCUUCGCCGGACUAUCUCACCUUGCGCACUCAAAAGGAUGCUCGAAGGAAAAUGACCAAUAUUCGCAAUGUUUUUCUUUACGACGAAAGGGUUUAUGUUGGUGACGAAGAAAGUGGUUUGCAGCCUUUGCUGCCGGGCGAGUUGUAUGAUGAUCCGCUGGUGCAGACAAUGUCGGAUCAUACUGUUACAGGACAGCAUAAGAACAUGCAGAAGAAAAACUCAAUCAACUGGCAUGGGACAAAUACACUAAACACGUCAUGGGGGUGGAUGGCUUGA